AUGUCGUCUCGGGCGUCUGGCGGCUCACGUUCAGCCGUCCCGCCUCGAAAGCGUGCAAAACGAGUCGACAGGAAAGAGACCGCGUAUAUACGUGUAUAUGGAAGCGAGUGGCAACAGUCAGAAGGAAUAGUCAUUCAGUUUCUUCAACAAGGAUUAUCGGAGCGAGAAAUUCGAGCUGUUAUACCUGUGGGUAGUAGCCGCAUUGUAAGACUGCGGAAAGUACUGGAGGAGGGAGUUGAAACGCUACACACUCGUCGCGAGCCACAACGACCUUGGCAUGCACUGAGUGACGAUGAUAUUGCUGUACUGAAGAAACACUGUGAGACUUGGAUACUUGAAGACGGGUUUCCGUGUGCUCAUAGACGACCUCGGCAUUAUUCCCGGUUCCUACAAUACGUUCACUACUUCUACCCUGCAACCUGA